AUGACGGAAGAGAGCGCAAAUAAUAAUGUCAAUGGUGAAAGUUUGACGAAAAAGCGAUUCUUCAGCGAGGAGUUAGAAGUCGAUAAUGACCAGGAUCACGGUCCUUUGGAAAACCAAGAUUCGUUCCUGUUUCAAGCUCCAGUGACAACUUCAAAGGUUGAUUCUGAAUCGGAAGUAGAUCCUAAAGAGCUUCUGGACAUGAUCCCGGGUCUUUCGGGCUCUCAAGCUGCGUAUUUGCUCGCGAAAACCGAUACCGACAGCGACAGAAACAUGAGAAUCUCUAGCGCGGUGGGGAUGUAUUUUGAGCAGCAGCCCACCCAAGCCCUGUCAAAAACACCAGAAAAAACUAGACCUGCGGUGAAGCUCUCGAAUAUCUUGAGUUCCAGGUCACCGAGCGCCGCGCGUAAGAAGAUACGCGAUUAUGGCGAACGGCUGCCGAAAAAACCACGUCCUUCGGUGCAAUGGCGACGCUUUAUUGGAUCAAUCCAGGUGAGUGCUUUGGCUACAAGGCCUACGGCCAAACCAUUGAAGUAUGGAAGUGAACUCAAAAUUAUCAGGAAUAAUAGCGACGCUACAUCGAAAUUAUACAGUGCCAAUGGUCGCAAAAAAGCUUCCAUGGCGAACUUCGUGCGGCUCAUAGAUUCUGAGCUGGGACGCGAAGUAGGCCGUGUACCAGAGGAAGUCGCAAUGGUGUUGUUUCCCCUUCUUGACACGGACGAGCUGGAUUUUGAAGCUACGAUGAUAUACUGCAACAAUAGAAGGCUCAGCGUUGGGGACUCAUUCAUUAUACAGCUGGAUUGUUUUUUGACAUCGGUGGUAUUUGAAACCGACGUCAAUGGCAGCAGCAAAGCCAAGCCCGCCCAGAACUUCGAGAAACCAGGAUAUGUGACGAACGUGGUGGAAAGCGAAGAAGAAUUGCGUCUGAAAUCUAGGCGUCUUGCUCUUUUGUCGUUAUUUGAUCAAGUCCAGCUACGCCCGGUUGUUACUGGUCCCGAUGAGACUCCAGAAUCUACUCCAGAAGUAACAGAGGUCAUCGACCUUGACGGUGGCGACAUCGAAAACCAUGCCACGGUAGAAAAGGAUCUCAUUCAACCCUCUCAGAUUCAGGAAGAUGUUCUAAACGUGAACCAGUUGAAAUCAUUGUACAAAGCCACUCUGUCGAUGGAAUCUUCCAAGCAUUUGCCCGAAACUGUACCUGACCCAGAGGUUUUCAAACUUGAUCUCAGGCGCUACCAAAAGCAAGGAUUGACUUGGCUUCUACGGCGGGAGCGAGAGUUUGAUGAGGCAUCUAAUUCGGGCUCGUCCUUAGAAGAUGUUGAAGGCAGCAUGAUGAAUCCACUCUGGAAACAAUUCAAAUGGCCCAAAGACUUAUCUUGGACAGCCCAAAAGACUCAAACGGACCUUUCAGACACUCAGCAUGAUGAGGAGUUCUUUUACGCCAAUUUGCAUACAGCAGAGUUCUCUCAAACAAAACCAGUACUCAAAUCUUUGCUUAAGGGUGGCAUUCUUGCCGAUGAAAUGGGGCUCGGUAAAACAAUCAGUAUAUUGUCAAUGAUCCUGACAGUUCCAUUCGAUAAAAAAUACCUUAAGCCGAAGCUAUUAGAAGAUACGUCUCGGACGGAAUACAUUUCUUCACAGGGCUUAUCUCAAGCACCAAACCAUACAAAACCUUACGCUUUUGGAACCACUUUAGUGGUGGUACCAAUGUCGUUGCUGUCUCAAUGGCAGUUGGAAUUUGAGAAAUCAUCCGCUGCUGAGAACGCCCAUUGUGAGAUCUAUUACGGAGGAAACACGGGAAGUUUAAGAACUUUGCUAACUAAGACAAAGAACCCCCCAGUUAUGCUUUUGACAACUUAUGGUACAGUCCAGCAUGAAUGGAGUCGCCUUCUGAAUAAUGGAACUGCUGGUGUAAAUGGUGACACCAUGGGACUUUUCUCCAUAGAAUUCUUCCGAAUUGUCAUUGACGAGGGUCAUACUAUAAGGAAUAGGAAUACAAGGACUUCUAAGUCACUCAUGGACCUGUCUAGCGCGCGGCGGUGGAUUUUAACAGGAACUCCAAUCAUUAAUCGUCUCGACGACUUAUACAGUUUGGUGAAAUUCAUGCGACUGGAACCAUGGUCUCAAGUUGGAUACUGGAAGACGUUCGUGUCAGAACCGUUUGAGAAGAAAGAUUACAAGGGCGCAUUUGAUGUCGUGUCCUCCAUUCUUGAACCUGUAAUCUUGCGAAGGACCAAACAGAUGCGCGACGUCGACGGAAAUCGACUGGUCGAGCUACCUGCCAAAGAGGUUAUUGUGGAAAGAGUCACUUUCAACAGACAUGAAGAUAUCCUUUAUAAGUACUUCCUGAACAAGGCCGAAAGCUCUGUCAGAGAGGGUCUUGACCGAGGCGAUUUGCUCAAAAAAUACUCUACUAUAUUGGUCCAUAUUUUGAGAUUGAGGCAAGUCUGCUGCCAUGCUGAUUUACUUGGAUCGCGAGAUGAGAACGACGAAGACCUGGCAGGCAACAAAGUACUUACUGAGAACUUCAACGUCAAAAAAGCGCUUUUAAACGAGUCAAUGUCGACCUCGAUGAUCAGUGACGAUGAAACAACUAUGAUUCUCAAUAGGAUUCGCGAGAAAUACCCUAAUGACGGCAGCUAUAGAAAUCUGGAAUGUUCAAUUUGCACCACAGAACCCAUAGAUCCAAUCACGCAGAUUGUUUUCACAGAAUGCGGCCAUGCAUUUUGUGAAAUGUGCAUAUUGGAGUACAUCCGGUUCCAAUCUGAAAGACAGCGACAAAUCAAGUGCCCAAACUGCCGCUUUGAAGUCGACGCAAAACGCCUUGUAGCAGUCAAAGAAUGUGCAAACGGUGAAAUCAAGCCGGUACUGUACGAUACGGGUUCCAAAUCUUCAAAAAUAACUUCUUUGAUGAAGAGCUUGAAGAGACUGCAGGACGCAUGUCCAGGUGAACAAGUUGUUAUCUUUUCCCAGUUUUCCUCUUUUCUGGAUAUAAUGGAGCGAGAAUUGACGGCUUCGUUUUCCAAAUCGGAGUUGAAGGUUUAUAAAUUCGAUGGAAGAUUGUCAAUGAAGGAGCGGUCUAAGGUUCUUAGCGAUUUUGCAGAAAAAGAUUUGACGAAGUUGAAGGUUCUGCUACUGUCUUUGAAAGCUGGUGGAGUUGGUUUGAAUCUAACCUGUGCCUCUCGAGCAUUCAUGAUGGAUCCAUGGUGGUCUCCCAGCUUAGAAGAUCAAGCAAUAGAUCGGAUUCACCGGAUCGGUCAGGUAAACGAUGUCAAAGUGGUAAGGUUCAUUAUGGAGCACAGUAUUGAAGAGAAGAUGUUACGGAUUCAGGACAGGAAACGUUCGUUGGGAGAAGCGGUGGAUGCGGAUGAAGAUGAGAGGAGAAAACGCAGAAUUGAGGAAAUUCAAAUGCUUUUUGAAUAA